UCAAAAUACUUACUUUGUACUUUAACGGAAAUGCUUCUUUCUUCACCUAAAAUUAAAAAAUCGUCUAAUGGCCCUCCCCCCUCUCCUGUUGGCUCUAACUGUGGGGGCCUUCUUCUUUUGCCAGGACCGGCAUCAUCAACUUCAGGCUGUUAUUCACCUUCUUUAUCUUCAUCUGCCCCUUUAACACCAACGGCACCAACAAUGAUUGCAUCUUCAAAUACUCGUAUUAAGGAAGAAUGUUGUUUUUCUUUGGAAGGAUUUUUGUAUAUGAAAUGUUUAAGUGGAGGUUUUUAA